UCUACGAUAUUUUCACAGGGACAACGUUUAGUUAGCUUCUAGAUGGCAGGGUUUUUCCCGUUUUGAAAAGCUCCGUGAUUCCCCAAGAAUGGGUCGCCUCCAGCAAACCCCCUUUUCCCCAUGGUUAUAAAACAGCCUGAGACCUGAGAGUACAUCAAAACAGAAAGAAGCUUUUCUGGAAACAGUCGAGGCAUUGUUUUAAUACAGAUCACUGUGGUUAAUCAACUGAGCCAGGUCUGCUUAUUUUUCGCUGUUCCAACGCUCAAUUUGGGAAUAAGGUAUAGUCUGCUAGGAUCUUAGCUCAAUAUAGAGACGUCUCCCGUGUGAAUGUGUCUCUAAAGCUGUGGUUUCUAUGGCAGUAUAGUGAUUUAUUUGUAAGGUGUGCGACUACAGGCUAGCCGAAGCGUUGUGUCCACUGGGGUUGCUUGCUGUAAUUUUGCAAAGGGAGUGAAUCGUGCUCCGAAGUGAUGUUUUCAGUGUACCAGGCUAGGAAGAACGGUGAAGGAGUGCACCCGGUGUGUCAUGGGGUAGCGGGUUGCAAGCGGUUAGUUUUGCCCUAAAAUCUUCUUAACGCUCACCUGCGGUUUUCUUCGUCGAGCAUUUUAAAGAUAAGAAUCGGUGCAUGUUCUGAGACGACUCGGAGAUUUGCCUCUUUGGAAUUUGAAGCGGACACACUGAAGUAGGAAAUGUCGACGCCAGGAUUCGGCAUUUGUCAUUAAAUAUCGGGGAAGGAGAGGCCUGCACCCAGGGGGAUGACAUGCAUGUGUCCGGGCUGUUAACAUCGUUGAGGAUUUUAAGACUAUUAGGCUACCAGCUCUCAAGCCAUGAUGGACAUACUGUACACCGGCCCUGUCCCGACAGAGCGCGAGUCUCCCAUGGCUCUGGGCGAGGCGUCCCCGGGGCUGCGGGCCACAGGCGGCCCGGCGGCGGCACAGAGGCCCAACGCCUGCUGCUUUUGCUGGUGCUGCUGCUGCAGCUGCUCAUGUCUCACUGUUAGGAAUGAAGACGACAGCAGGUCCAAAAGGAGAAGCUCCCAGGACACCAAGCUGGAGACCAUACCAAACUGUGAAGCUUGCACCAAACCGUCGAUAGAGGAGGUCCGCCUGUGGUCGCAGUCCUUCGACAAGCUGAUGAAGAACCCGGCGGGCCGCAACGUGUUCCGCGAGUUCCUGCGCACCGAGUACAGCGAGGAGAACAUGCUCUUCUGGCUGGCCUGCGAGGACCUGAAGAAGGAGCUCAACACGGGCGCGGUGGAGGAGAAGGCACGCGGCAUCUACGAGGACUACAUCUCCAUCCUCUCUCCCAAGGAGGUGAGUCUGGAUGCGCGCGUGCGCGAGGGGAUCAACAAGAAGAUGACGGAGCCGACGCAACAGACGUUUGAGGACGCGCAGCUGCAGAUCUACACGCUGAUGCACAGAGACUCCUACCCUCGCUUCCUCAACUCCUCCAUCUACCGCUCGCUGGCACAGAUGGGCUCGCGCUCCUCCUCCGAGUCCUAGGGCCCCCCUCCCCCACCC